AGGUAAGAUCAUGAAUUAUGGCAUUUCUUAAAUGAACAUUCAGGAAUGAAGUGAGAAAAAGUCAUAAAUAUAGAAAAUAAGUGCUUUUUAAGUGAUGUCUAUUAAUUUGACAAUAGAUAUAUAUAUUUACUUCCUUAGUAAUGUACGCAGUCUGUGUGCGAAGCAGAGAAGCAAGCAGCCGCAUUUCUUGUGCUCACCUAAAUAUUACUGGAGGUUAAGCCACAUCAUUCUACAAAGAAGUUUGCACACAAGCAAAAUAAGAUGUAAAUGGACUAAAAGUGAAGCCCAUUCUUGCAGCAAACACUGCUGUCGUCCAAGCAAUCAUGGUUUACACAUUGGAAUCUUGAAACUUAGCACUUCUGCUCCUAAGGGACUUACAAAAGUGAGCAUUCGUAUGUCCCGUAUUAAAAGUACUCUGCACUGUGUUUCAAAGGCUGUUUUUGGCAAUCAAAAUGAAAUGAUUUCACGUUUAGCUCAAUUGAAGCCAAGUUCUGGAAUAUUAAGAAAAGUAUCAGAUAGUGGUUGGUUAAAUCAGAAAAACAUCAAACAAGCCAUCAAAACGCUGAGAAAAUAUAGUGACCCUUCAGCAACAAAGAGUUCUUUUCCAGAAGGAAAAAGUCACAUUAUAGAUAAAGACGAAGAUCUAGGUAUACAGAGUCUUUUUCAGUACACAAGUAGUAUCACUACAAAAUUUGAAGAGUCAUUCUCCUUUUUAGCAAACCAUAUUAAUUCAUACUUCCUACAUAAGGGAAAAAUGGCUGAAAAAAAGGAAACUGAACAUUUCCAGGAUAAAUCAGAAUUUGAAGAGAAAACAGUAGAAGGAGACGGGAUAUUCAGUUCUUCAGAUCCAGGUAUCCCGACUGAUGACAAGCCAUGCUCGGAAUCUUCUUUAGAGGCUGCAAGUCCUAGUGAGACACCUGGAGUUGUUCCAGUUUCUACUAAACAAAGUAUCGCUAACUUUCUUUCUCGUCCAACUGGAGGUGUACAGGCUUUAGUAGGUGGCUACAUUGGUGUCCUUGUCCCCAAAUUGAAGCCGGAUACAAAAAGUAUGUCUGAAGAAAAAGAGGCUAUGAAAGCUGAGCUGGCUAACAGAAAAGACAAAGUUGCAGAAGAGAAAAGCCGUUUGUCUCUUCAGCGAGAAAAGAUUAUUGCAAGAGUGAGUAUUGAUAACAGAACCCGGGCAUUGGUUCAAGCAUUAAGAAGAACGACUGAUCCAAAGCUCUGCAUUAAUCGGGUUGAAGAACUGACUUUUCACCUUCUAGAAUAUCCUGAAGGAAAAGGAGUGGCUGUCAAGGAAAGACUUAUUCCGUAUUUAUUACGUAUUCGACAAAUUAAGGAUGAAACUCUUCAAGCUGCAGUUAGAGAAAUUUUGGCCUUAAUGGGCUAUGUGGAUCCAGUGAAAGGGAGAGGAAUCCGAAUUCUCACAAUUGAUGGUGGAGGAACACGAGGCGUGGUUACUAUUCAGACACUGCGAAAAUUAGUUGAACUUACUCAGAAGCCAGUUCAUCAGCUCUUUGAUUACAUUUGUGGUGUAAGCACAGGUGCUGUGUUAGCUUUCAUGUUGGGAUUGUUUCAUAUGCCACUGGAUGAAUGUGAGGAACUUUAUCGAAAAUUAGGAUCAGAUGUAUUUUCACAGAAUGUCAUUGUUGGUACAGUCAAAAUGAGUUGGAGCCAUGCAUUUUAUGACAGUCAAACAUGGGAAAAGAUUCUUAAGGAUAGAAUGGGAUCUUCACUAAUGAUUGAGACAGCAAGAAAUCCCACAUGUCCUAAGGUAGCUGCUGUAAGUACCAUAGUAAACAAAGGGGUAACGCCGAAAGCAUUUGUGUUCAGAAACUAUGGUCAUUUUCCUGGAACCAACUCUCACUACUUGGGAGGCUGCCAGUAUAAGCUGUGGCAGGCCAUCAGAGCUUCAUCUGCUGCACCAGGCUACUUUGCAGAGUAUGCCCUGGGAAAUGAUCUUCAUCACGAUGGAGGUUUGCUUCUGAAUAACCCUUCAGCAUUAGCAAUGCAUGAAUGUAAAUGUCUUUGGCCAGAUGUCCCAUUGGAAUGCAUAGUAUCCCUGGGCACUGGACGUUAUGAGAGUGAUGUGAAAAACACCGUGAUGCACACAAGCUUGAAAACCAAAUUGUCUCAUGUUAUCAACAGUGCUACAGAUACAGAAGAAGUCCAUAUAAUGCUUGAUGGUCUGUUACCUCCUAAUACCUACUUUAGAUUCAAUCCUGUAAUAUGUGAAAACAUACCUCUAGAUGAAAGUCGUAAUGAAAAGCUGGAUCAGCUGCAGUUAGAAGGGUUGAGGUACAUAGAAAGAAAUGAAGAGAAAAUGAAAAAAGCUGCAAAAAUAUUAAGUCAAGAGAAAACAACUCUGCAGAAAAUUAAUGAUUGGAUAAAACUGAAAUCUGACAUGUAUGAAGGCCUUCCAUUCUUUUCAAAAUUGUGACAUGUAUAUGCAUGUGUUCUCAUAAAUGAAAACAUUCUCAGAAGAUCAGUAAGAAAGUGUGGGAUUUGGCAUGAGUUCAUUCUGAAAUACUUAAGAAUUAUGGGGAAUCCUGGAAAAAGAUGGUGCUUGGACCAGUUUCCAAACAUUAUAGAGAGUAUUCUUGGUUACAGAGUUCUCAAGGGAAUUAACUUUUUAUGAUAUUAAUAGUUACCUGAACUUUAGGAACCUUACUGUUAUUCUCAUUGGUUUAGUAGAUACUGGUGUUACACUGUUUGAUGUUUGAAAAUUUAUUAAUAUAUGUGCCAAAUAAUAAACUGAAAACUAUCAUAUUAUAUUUGAUAUUUUUGCUUUACUCACCAUAAUCAUGUUGGAUUUAUUUGAUCAUUGAUUCUUUCAUGUGGAAAAGUUAGUACCUUCUUAAAUUUACUUUUUAUGUGCUUUCACUAGCUAUGUUCUGCAGUCUACAGACUGCCUCUUACUGUCAUAUCAUCUAAAAAGAUGCAGAAAAAUGGAAUUUCCUCUAUCAGAAUACUUUUAUAUUUGAAAUAUGAAAGAACCAGAUUCACUUUUCUGUUCAAAAUUUACUUAUUUCAACAUUAUUUGGUUCAAAAAAAUAGGUGAAGUUCCAAUCAACCACUUUUUCCUCCUGAAAUUUCAAGAUGAUGCUGCAUGUGAACUUUUCUGGCUCUAGCUUAUCCUUAACUGUUCUAAAAUUAGUUAUUUGAAUUUACUGAGAAACUAUUUCUAGCAUUAACAAAAAUAAAAUAUU